GGCCCCGCCCCGCCCGCAGCCCCCGCGCGGCAGCGUCGUAAAGCGCCGGGCCAUGGCGGCCGCCCGGGUGCUGCGGGCCGGUGGCUGUUACCGCCGCCGCCCCCUCUCCUCCGCUUCCUCCUCCGCCUCCUCCGGCAGCGGCCGCGCGGCUGAGCGCAGGGAGCGGCCGGACAGCGUGGGCCCGGGUUUCCGCCCCCCCGCGCACUCGCACAGCGACUGGAUCGGGCCCCCGGACAAGCUCUCCAACCUGCGCCCCGUCAUCUUCUACGUGCCCCCCGAGGAGUCGGCGCUGGAGCGGCGGCUGCGGGAGGCGCGCCAGGAGGCCCAGGCCAGCAACCAGCGCUUCUGGGCACGGCACAACCGCGCCUUCCGCCAGGAAAAAGAAGAAUUUAUUUAUUCAAGACUGAAAGCCAAGGGUCUGGAAAUGAGAGAUGAAUCAGGUCAAAAAGCAACACUGAAUGCAGAAGAAAUGGCUGACUUUUACAAGGACUUUCUAAGUAAAAAUUUAAAAAAGCAUUUGCAGUACAACAGGUCAUCUUGUCACAGGACAUUGGGUCAGUCAAGCAGGACCUUCCAUGUGAUCGUUCUCAGGCACUUCUGUGGUUUCCAACACAUCAAUAUCCCUUGUGUCACUGCUGCCACAUGGAUCUUCAUCCCCAGUGUCCGUGAGAUAACAGAUGGAAGGACCUCCCCAGCACACCAUCUCUCUGUGUUGCUCCCAGGCUAUCUCCAGGCCUGGUUUUAUCCUUUUCCCCCUUCAAAUUCAUUAGGAUUCAGUGUGGAGUGCUGAGUCCCUUCAUCUAAAACCUAUUGAGGGAGUGAGAUAUUUAUCCAUUAGGUAAGUGUUGAGGUCUGAUUUAAAUAGACUUAAAAUAUCUAAUAGAACCACUGUGAAAAGAUGUUAUUAAAAAUAAUCUGUCUGAAAUUUUGAAUCUCAUUACUAAAACCUACAUGUAUUUACUGAGAUAAUUACAUUUUCUGAACAGCCAAAAGCCAUAUAAUUUUCACCAGUGUUGCAUUACUUUUGUUUUUUUCCUUGACUCAGAACAAUUGCAAUAACACCAGCUGCUUUUACAUAUUAUUGAUCAUAAAACCUUUAUACAUCAAAGGAAAGCCAAGGAGAUGCCAAAGACUACUAAAAAUAAAAUUUUUAUGUGUACAAAAGCCUGCUACAGUAACUGAAGCUAGUAAAAUAGAUCAAAGAGUGACUUUUCUGUGCAUGUUUUCUGAGUAUAGGAAAAAUACAGGGGAGUGUUCUUAUCACUUAAGUAUUUAGCUAAUCCUGUCAGAAGGAACAGCAGUCUUUCAUAUUCAGUACUGUCAGCAUAUGCCUUUUUAGUCGCUCUCAUGUGCUCAGUAUGUCCACAAUAAAGCAUCAGUAUUUUAGUAAUAUUCAAAUAGUUUUAGUUUGUAUUAACUUGAGGUAGUUUUGUUUUGAUUGUCUGCGUGGCAUUUUGCUAUUCACUGAAUUUCUCUACUGGAGCAUUAAUUUUGAUAAAAUAUGAGAGGAGAAAUGGGAAGUGUCAAAUGGGAAUUAUACAGCAGACUGACUAAAGGCUGGGUUAAAGCGAU